CCCGUCGUCGCUGGAGCAUUGCGACAUGUAAUGGACAAUACUUACCCUAUGUGAGAACUGCUGCAGAGUGAUCACACAGUACUGCAAAGAGUGCCACAAUGAAUGUAUCAGAAGUCUACAAUAGAAUGCCUAGCAUUUAUACUGAAGGGAAUGUCUCUGGCAAUGCAAGCAUGGGUUUCAUGAGGAACUCCCCUUUAGACAGUGCUAUCAGCAUCUUCGCCAUCAUCAUUCUCUUUAUCACCAUGAUGUCCCUCGGCUCUACGAUGGAGAUUUCCAAAAUUAAGGCUCAUCUCUUCAAGCCGAAAGGGCCAGCCAUUGCACUGGUGUCCCAGUUUUGUAUCAUGCCCCUGACUGCUUUCUGUCUAGCCAAAAUCCUACAGAUGAGUCCUGUCAAGACUUUGAUUGUGCUUGUCUGUGGCUGCUGUCCAGGUGGAAACUGGUCGAACAUUUUUUCCUUGGCCAUCGAGGGUGACAUGAACCUCAGCAUCGUAAUGACUACUUGCUCCAACUUGGCAGCUCUUGGGCUGAUGCCUCUGAUGCUCUAUCUCUUCUCUCAAGGCUUCCCUGGUUUGGAAACUGCUGUACCAUACAGUGGCAUUAUCACUGCUUUAGCAUUAAGCCUGCUUCCUUGUGUCAUUGGCAUUGCCAUUAAUCACUACAGACCACAGUACUCGCCAGUCAUCAGAAACGUUGGUAUCAGCAUUUUGAUCAUUUCUGGCAUUAUAGUUUUCAUCCUGGUUGGCUAUAAUGUCAGAGACAAAAUAUGGAUGGUCCUCAAAGCAGAUAUUCUGAGUGCGUCUGCACUGAUGCCACUGACUGGAUUUAUGCUGGGAUAUGUCUUGUCUGGCAUAUGCGGUCUCAGCCCUCGAUGCAGCAGGACCAUCUCCAUGGAGACAGGCUGUCAAAACACCCAGUUGUGUUUUGCAGUCCUGAAGAUGAUUCCUCCGCAGGUCACUGGACCCUUAAUUCUCUUCCCUUUGCUAUACUACUCAUUCCAGUGUGCUGAGGGUCUUCUUCUGGUCCUGUGCUUCAGAUGGUUCAGAAAAUUCAAGGCACAUGAGGCUGUGCGGGUGCUGAAUCCAACCUCUCCCAGUCACUGACUUUGCAUCCGCAACAAAUAAUUUGACUGGUUAUAAGAUAUAUUUAAUCAGCAGCUCAUAAAGUUUCUAUAAGAUACCACAUAACAUAUCUAUGUAUUGUGCGUGGUGGUCACCUGUCUCCAUAAAUGUCCCUGCACAGACAUCAGGUAAGGUAUAAAAAGUGGGGAGAUUGUUCUUUUGCCGUGUACGCCCCCAAACUCUGGAAUGCCCUGCCCCCUGAGGUUUGAUCUAAAAUGGAGUUAAUGGUUUUUAAGUCUAAAUUAAAGGCACAUUUAUUCAGACUGGCUUUUGGCAUCUAAUAUUUAGCAGUGAUGCUAUACAGGGCCUACAGGCCUUCCUGAUUUUAUUUUUCGUAAUUUUACCCUCUCUGUAUUUUGACUCAUUUUUAUUCUACAGGAGUGUUAUAGUUCUUACA